AUGCCGAUUCGAAAUCCUUUCUCAAAGCGUCCAGAGGUCUCGACAGGCCUGCAACCUUAUGAGGAGGGCAUUCGUCCGUUAUCGCAGAAUGGCACGCGACCGACAUUCGAGAAGGUUGAUACAAUGGGGUCAAAAGGCUCCUCUGCCAUGAGUAUUCGCAGUAGUCAAAGCCAGGAACCCGUCGAGUAUAAGAUGUCCGUUGUUAAUGACAGUGGAGUGUAUCUACCACCAUCUCCGCCUGAGAAGAAGGGGUUCUGGCCGCGGCGUUCAAACCCAUCUGGCACGUCGACCAGCUCUGUCAAUGGGGAAGCAGACAUUGAACCGUUCUCGAUCUCACGCGAAUCAUUCGAUUCUUAUAGAAGAUCCUUUGAUAUCUCAGCCAGAUCCCCUAUAGUUCAACAUGAUAUUGGACGACAAAGUCUCGACUCGGCACGACUUCCCAGACUUCCUCGAUCGGCGAUGAAUGAGCGACGGUUUGAAAGACAACCUCCUACUGCAGAAGAAGGAUUCGAAGAUGUUGGACUGAACGACGAAGCUAAACAGACCAAGAAGAAGGGCUUCUUCUCGAGGCUGGGGGAUAAUACAGACUCCACUGCUCCGACUCAAAGCGGCUCUAGAUUCCAUAUUGGAGGAAGAAAGAGAGGUGCAAGUGGUGUGGGAGAAGAGCUUGGGAGCAUACAGCGCCCUGGCACGUCUGGCUCUCGAGAGGCAAAGGAAGUUCACUAA